UCAGCCCCGCACCACCACCGCAGCGCCUGCUCAUCGCCGUCUGCGCAGACAAUGGCCUCUGCAAUGAAGGGUUUUAGGCAAAGGCUCUCUCGAGCCAAAAGCGAGAAAUCAUCCAAGAAGAAGGAUUCCACCUCCGGUACUGCUUCUCCAUCACAUGGGGCUUCGAGUUCGCCCUCGGGCUCUGCUCAGGGAACACCGUCCUCGUCGCAGACUCAAUUGGCCGAUUCGCGUACCAAGUCCUCAUCCUCUAGCGAUGGCAACGCCAGCGCAAACUCGCUUCAGCCGGGUCAGCAGCCUUCCUCGGCCUCCUUGGGCGCUGGUUCACAGUUCGGAGGACAGCAGGGCAUAAUGGGUGCCAAUAGUGCGGGCGGUUCGGGUCCAGGGACUCCCCAACGAGCUGGACAGCCGUUGGCACCCAGUGUCGUCAUCAGCCCAAGCGCACCGCACAUUCCUCCACCUGGUGCUGCCGAAACCAUGCCCGGCGACCUCCUUCCACCUAAAGCUGGCCAAAAGUCAUUGAUAUUCGAUCGUCUUCAAGCUACACCGAAAGAUAAUGUCGAAGGUAUUAGAACGCCCAAACGACAGCAUUCGUCCAGAUUUGACAUCUCCGACCAACGCCAAAGAGACUUGGACAAGCUGCCGGGCUUCCACGAAGUGCCCCCCAACAAGCGCGAGGAACUGUUUAUGCAAAAGUUGGAUCAGUGCAACAUUAUAUUUGAUUUCAAUGACCAGACCGGCGACAUGAAGUCGAAGGAAAUCAAGCGCUUGGCGCUGCAUGAGUUGCUGGAUUACGUCGCCAACAAUCGCCAAGUCAUCACAGAGAGGAUGUAUCCUCGUGUUGUUGAGAUGUUUGCAAAGAAUCUGUUCCGACCCAUUCCUCCGCCUAUGAAUCCGCAGGGUGAAGCGUUCGAUCCAGAAGAGGAUGAGCCAGUCUUGGAAGUCGCGUGGCCCCACAUCCAGGUGGUCUACGAGUUUUUCCUUCGGUUCAUUGAGAGUCAAGAUUUCAACACAAAUAUUGCAAAAGCGUACAUCGAUCACAGCUUUGUCCUUAACCUACUCGAAUUGUUCGAUUCCGAGGAUCCCAGAGAACGAGACUUUUUAAAGACGACACUGCACAGGAUAUAUGGAAAAUUCCUGAACUUGCGAUCCUAUAUACGCCGUUCUAUAAACAACGUCUUCUUCCAGUUUACCUACGAAACAGAGCGUUUCAAUGGAAUUGCAGAGCUUCUUGAGAUUCUCGGAUCUAUUAUCAAUGGAUUCGCCUUGCCGCUCAAAGAGGAACACAAGCUGUUCCUGACCAGGGUGCUGAUACCAUUGCACAAAGUCAAGAGUCUCAGCAUGUACCACCCUCAACUAGCAUACUGCAUAGUCCAAUUCUUGGAAAAGGACGCCGCUCUCACAGAAGAGGUUGUUCUCGGACUCCUCAGGUACUGGCCAAAAGUCAACAGCACGAAGGAGGUCAUGUUCCUCAACGAAGUGGAAGAUAUUUUCGAGGUAAUGGAUCCUGCGGAAUUCGCCAAAGUCCAAGAGCCGCUCUUCAACCAAUUGGCCAAGUCAGUGGCCAGUCCUCAUUUCCAAGUCGCUGAACGAGCGCUUUACUUUUGGAACAACGAAUACUUCUGCAAUCUCGUCAGCGACAAUGUCGAAGUCAUUCUCCCGAUCAUGUUUGCGCCGCUCUACGAGAACAGCAAGGGCCAUUGGAACCGAACCAUCCACGGCAUGGUGUAUAAUGCCAUGAAGCUGUUCAUGGAGGUCAACCCUCAGCUCUUCGACGAUUGCUCUCACGACUAUGCGGAGUUGCAGAACAACGCGAGCGAGCGCCAGAGAAGUCGCGAGAAUCGCUGGGAGGUACUCGAGAAGCUGGCAGAGGCACGCAAGAACGGCACCGCGGUGGAUCAACCAGCGGCAUCCAAAAUCAGCUCACCAACUCGCUUAGAAGACUCUGAUCCGCUAAGUCAAGGACGGUUGGAGGCGCUUCGUCUCCAGGACGAUGCCGGUGCGCCAAAAGAACGGCGACCAAAGGAAUUUGAGCGUCAGAGUAGCCAGACUUCGCGACGGCACCGCCCAUCGCAAGAAGAUCAUUCUCAAUCAUCGCACACUCGACGGUCUUCGGGUGGCCGGCCUCGCAGCAACAGUCGUCCCAACUCGGCGGGUAGUGGAGGAGCUCACGGUACCACUCGAUCGAGGUCUGGGGCAACUAUUACUCGAGUCAUCUAA